AUGGCCUGCUGCUACGCAGGCCGUGCUCCCGCGACCUGCAGCAGCAGCAGCAGCAGCAGCAGCAGCAGCAGCAGCAGCAGCAGCAGCAGCAGCAGCAGCAGCAGCACAGCAGCAGCAGGAGAUGGAGCAGCAGCAGGAGAUGGAGCAGUAGAAGUAGUAGGUGUAGCAGUAGCAGCAGCAGCAGCAGCAGCAACAGCAGCAGCAGCAGCAGCAGCAGCAGCAGCAAACAAGAAGAUAUUCAACUGGAAACACGAUACCACUAUCAUCAUCACUCAGCAGCAGCAGCAGCAGCAGCAGCAGCAGAAGCAGCAGCAGCAGCAGCAGCAGCGCCACAACAACCACCACCACCUCAACCACAACAACAACCACCACCACCACCACCAUCAGCACCAUCAGCAGCAGCAGCAGCACCACCACCACAACCACCACCACCACCACCAGCAGCAGCAGCAGCAGCAGCAGCAGCAGCAGCAGCAGCAGCAGCAGCAGCAGCAGCAGCAUAUAUACCAAGAAAAUUAG